UAUGAGAAAUGUUCAAUGUUCCGCUUUAUCGCCCCAUCACCAAAGAUCCCAAUCCCCCACAACCACAAGACCAUAACCUUACCUCUUGCUGCAUUCUUCUUCACUCACACUAUCAUCAACCAACCACCAAAACGUGAACCAAAACACAACAUCAGCAUCACCAACAACACCUCAUACUGGACCAAAAAGAUUCACAGACUUUGCACCAAAGACCGCAAUGUCGGCGAGGCGCUUCGCCUUCUGGACCGCCUCAGCCUCCGUGGAUACCAACCAGACUCUCUCAACAUCAACACCAUCAUUCACGCACUCUGCCACUCUAACCACUUCUCCGAAGCCCACCACUGCCUACAACUCUUCAUAUCUUCUCAUUGCGUCCUCGACGAGCGUACCUACAAUGUUCUUAUUGCCAGUUUUGCUCGUUACAACGACAGCCUGAUGAAGCUCAUAGGUUGUUUUUCGAUAUGAAGAGUAGUGGGCAUUGUCCAAAUGUUGUUUCUUAUACUACUUUGAUUAAUGGGUAUUGUAGAUCACUAAAAUCUCUAAAGGGUCUGAAUCCUUAAAUAAGGGGUAUUUGAAUCGUGAAUGUCUCAUUUGGAAAUACCAGGAGGAGCUAAUAUGUUGAGAAU